AUGAAAGGAUUAAUUAUCGCUUUGCUAAUUAUCACAUUAGUAGUUUCUGACUAAAAUCCAAUAUUUUUGAAUGAAACUUACUACACAGGCUUUAUAAAUGUUACUGAAAAGAGUGAUUUAUUUUAUAUCUUUUUUGAAUCUCGCUCUCAACCAUCAACUGAUCCUUUAGUACUAUGGCUUAACGGAGGCCCUGGAUGCUCAUCUUUUCUCGGUUUAUUUGAAGAAAACGGUCCUUUCAAAAUUAACAAUGACACAACUUUGAAUAUUAAUCCUUUCUCUUGGAAUUCAAAAGCUAAUUUACUCUUUGUUGAUUAACCUGUUGGUACAGGUUUUAGUCAUGCAGGUCCUGGAGAUCUUGUUAAGGGUGAAGAACAAGUUCAAUAAGACUUUUAUACUUUUUUGAUCUAAUUCUUUGACAAAUAUCCUCAGUUUAUUGGAAGAGAUUUUUACAUCACUGGUGAAUCUUAUGCAGGUCAAUACAUUCCAGCUAUUUCUAGGAAAAUUUUAAUAGAAAAUAAUCCUAAAAUCAACUUUAAGGGUAUUGCUAUUGGUAACGGAUGGGUUGAUCCAUAUUAUUAAGAACCUGCUUAUGGAGAAUAUGCUUACGAAAAUGGUUUGAUUAAUAAAUCUGAAUACAAAACUAUAUCAUAUUCGUUUUCAAUUUGCUAAGUACUUAUAAAGAUUGGAUCUCCAAUUUUCUUGAAGUCACAUUUUUGUGAUUAGCCUUAUGAAAGAAUUGUUGGAAAUAACACAUUUAAUGUUUAUAAUAUUAAAUAACCUUGCAUCGGAAAUGGUUGCUAUGAGGAUUAAGAUUAAAAAAUACAAAAUUUUUUGAGUAGGACAGAUGUUUAAUCUUUACUUGGAACUUAAAAUAGAGUUUGGAAUGCUUGUGUAGAUGAUGUUUAUAUUGCCUUGUAAAAGCGUGCAUAUCGCUCAUCUACAUAAGAUCUUAAAGUCAUAUUAAACUCAGGACUCAAAGUUUUAAUCUAUAAUGGCUCUCUGGAUUAUUAAUGCAAUUAUAUUGGUAAUGAAUAGUGGCUUGAAAAUCUUUCAUGGAAUUACUCAGCUUAAUAUUAGAAGUAGUAAUAUUCUUCCCUUUAAAAAGGAGAUCAAAUAAUAGGUAAAUACAAAAAUGCUGCAAAUUUACAAUUCUAAAUCAUAUAUGAAGCUGGUCACAUGGUUCCUAUGGAUUAACCAGAAAUAGCAUUAGAUAUGAUUAAUUCAUUUAUAUAAAAUUGA